GGGAGCCAAAUUGUUCUCCUUGGCCUCUGAGGAUCGGACAAGAAGCAAUGGGCGCUUUAGGUUGGACGUUAGGAAGAACUUCCUACCUGUCAGGGUGGUUAAGUACUGGAGUAUAGGGCGGUUGUGGAGUCCCCAUCAUGGGAGAUAUUUAGAGCAGGCCCAGGAGACACCUGUCAGGGAUGGUCUGUGCUUGGUCCUGCUGUGUGUAGGGAUCUUUCUGCUGCUCUCUGUGGUGCUACCGUUUGAUAGGGACGCCAUUCGAGCUGCUAGCAACGCGUCCCUCAUUUUAUUUCUCCGGGAAAACCAGACCGCCUUUUGGGUGGCCUUCCCCUCUGACAGGAGAAUGUUGGAUCCGGGCCUUCACCUCCGAGCUGCCCUAUGUCACCAUCUUCUGGGACUAAGUUGAGGUGCAUCCACUUCUGCCUUUCCUUCCGAAAGUGCCUUUCCACCCUAGUUGGGACACAUCCAGUCCUCUCUCCUGACCCUCGUGGUGCUGGACAGGAGCAGAGGCUGCUGUGUGGGCGUUAGAUGGAAAGAACCCUUCGGAAGGCCGCCCCGGAAUGCCUUGCUGGUGCAGGGAGGAUGAAAGGUGGCCCGGUCUCCUCCCUGAUAGUGCCCGGCUUCCGCACGCGCUGUGGCCCGUCCCCACCCCACCCCACUCCACUCCCACGCCGAACAGCGCACCCCACCACAUGCACUCUGGCCCAGCCCCCACGCCGAACAGCGCACCCCACUGCGCGCGCUCUGGCCCGGCCCCCACGCCGAACAGCGCACCCCACUGCGUGCGCUCUGGCCCGGCCCCCUCUUUCCCCACGCCGAACAGCGCACCCCACUGCGUGCGCUCUGGCCCGCCCCCCCCCUUCCCCACACCGAACAGCGCACCCCACUGCGCGCGCUGCAUGCACUAUGGCCUGGCCAAGGUCCCCCCCGCACCGAACAGCGCACUGCAUGCACUAUGGCCUGGCCAAGGUCCCCCCCGCACCGAACAGCGCACUGCAUGCACUAUGGCCUGGCCAAGGUCCCCCCCGCACCGAACAGCGCACUGCAUGCACUAUGGCCUGGCCAAGGUCCCCCCCGCACCGAACAGCGCACUGCAUGCACUAUGGCCUGGCCAAGGUCCCCCCCGCACCGAACAGCGCACUGCAUGCACUAUGGCCUGGCCAAGGUCCCCCCCGCACCGAACAGCGCACUGCAUGCACUAUGGCCUGGCCAAGGUCCCCCCCGCACCGAACAGCGCACUGCAUGCACUAUGGCCUGGCCAAGGUCCCCCCCGCACCGAACAGCGCACUGCAUGCACUAUGGCCUGGCCAAGGUCCCCCCCGCACCGAACAGCGCACUGCAUGCACUAUGGCCUGGCCAAGGUCCCCCCCGCACCGAACAGCGCACUGCAUGCACUAUGGCCUGGCCAAGGUCCCCCCCGCACCGAACAGCGCACUGCAUGUGGUCGGAGGCCUUGGCGGGGCGCAGGGCUCGCUCUGAUGGCCGUUGUCUGCAGGGUAGUCACAAGCUCACGGUGCACUGAGCCCGUACACAGCCAGCAGGGCACGAUGCCGCCCUCCACGUACCCCAGGAACUCUGCCUCCACUGGCUGCUGGGGGCCCCGGGUCCUGGGGGCCGGCACGUGAGCAGGUUCUCCAGGAAGAAGACGGUUCCUG